AUGCCGAGGAUAGUGGAGUUGGAGGACGAGCCUCUUGAUGGGGACGAUUAUGGUGGGUCUGGGGACCACGGCUACGACGAUGAGUACGACGACAGCAGUACCGCCGAUGGAAAUUCCUUGGACGGCGAUGAGGAAGCCGCCGGCACCGGCAGCGCGGCCAACGGCGGUAGCAGUAGCGCCGCCGCCCCUGUCACCCUGCCGGAGUCCGAGUACCGUGAGAGCCUGGGAUUCCUGCGUGCGUCGAGGAAGCUGGCGCUCCCGGGCACAGGUUUCGAUGCAGCAGACGACGGCCGUGUCGUUGCGCUGGCUGCUCUGGACCGAUUUGGGCUACUGCUGGUAUCCUCCGCCACAGGGAUCUUAGUGUACGCCAUCGAAGACCUGUCGUCCGCCGCUUUCGGUCAGGGCGGGCAGCAACAGCAGCAGCAGCAGCAGGACCCCGCGUCGCCGGUCCCUGUCCGGGCCGACGUGGCCCUGGCGGGGCGGCCUUCGCGCAUGGUGGCGUCGCGAGACAACCUGCGUGUCGCGAUUGCCGUGGGAAACAAGGUCCUUGUUUUGGACACCGCCUCCCUCGUGAACGGCGCCGCCGCCGCCGCCGCCCCCGUGGCAACUGUGGCCCUGUCCUCUCCCGACGCCGGCGACAGCGGCGACCUGCCUCCCCGGGCGCUGUCCUGGGGCCGCAAGAGCUCCGGCGACGGCGACGACCUCCUACUGGUCGUGCGCGCGGACCGGUCGGCCGCCGUAGCGCGCAUCAGCGGCGGCGGCGGCGGCGGGGGAGGGGGAAGCUCUGACCGGUGCUCCGUGGAGGAUGUCGCCGGGGGCCAGAAGGUGUUUACCGCCGGGUGUUGGCUGGGGCAGGGGCGGGGGCGGCUCGCGAUGGGCACUCGGACGGGGGACCUGGAGGUGUAUGUGUACGGGGAAGGGGGGGAAGGCGGCGGCGGCGGUGGAUUGAGGGACUGCGAGGCCGUGGUUUGUUGCCCCUCGGAGCUGUGCAUGGGCGAUGCUGAUGCGGAGGUGAACCACUUGGUCACGACUCAGAUGGGUUCGCUGCUGGCGGUGUACUAUGACCCAACAACCGAAGAAAACAAUGAGUUCGCGGCAAGGAUGGCCGAGUUCGACGUUUCAGCGGAAGACCUCACAGGGGGGCCGACGCUGAAGGCCUUCGAGGACCCCGACCUGGAUGGCAAGAUUUUUCCCUCGUUCGACACUCCGAAGUCGGUCAAGUUCCGGUCCCACGUGGCGCUCGCGACGCUAGAGGGAGAGCACGUGAUGGUCGUGAGCCACAAUAGCUUGGACGGCACUCCGUCCGUGCUCACCACCAAGACCGGGGCCGUGGCCGGCGACAACGGCAGGUGGAGCUCGUACGAGCUCCCGGAUGGCUUCGACUGGGACCUCGGCGGCGUUUUUUCUAGGGGGUUGUGCUUCUCCGAGUGCUGCGACACCCCGGUGCCCGCUCAGACCAAGAAAGGGGCCACCGACUACGGGGCCGGGCCGCUGGCCUUCAUGCUCAUGGCCAACGGGGACCUGCAGUGCGCGGCGAUGGUGCACCCGCAGCAGCCGGAGGUCAGCCUGAGGAGGAAGACAGCGCCACGAGCCCAGGCGUUACCUGCUAGGGCGGUGGUUGAGGAGGAGGAGGAGGAGGAGAAGGAGGAGGGUGAGGGCACGGAUGUGGAGGUGGAAGAAGACAGCGAGGAAAAAGUGCAGGCCCCCGCCCCCGCUCCCGUCCCAGCAAAGAGCCCGGUGUUCGGCAGCGGCGGCGCCGGCUCGCUCGUUUUCGGGUCCGGGUCUCUGGUAGACCCCACCUCCGCUGAGAAGAAGGGGGCCGGAGGAGGGGCUGCGAAAGCGUUCGGUUGGGGUGGGUUCGGUGCGAAGCCGGCGUUCGGCGCUGGUUCUUCCUCUCCGUUCGGGUCGUUCAUGUCGCCGCCCGCGGCAGGCGCGAAGGCGCAGGCGACGGCUGGAUUCGGCAGCUUCGCGUCAUCGACGGCUCCCGCCGGAGGCGGGUUCGGGUCGCUUAGCAAAGGGGCCGGUCUGUUCGGCAGCGCGAGCGGCGGCGACGCUCGUGCUCCUAAAGGAGGGGCGGAGAAGAAGACCGCGGCGGCACCGGCAGCGGCGGCACCGGCGUCUACUUAUCCCCCCAUGAGCGCCAAGGCCCCUUCCGCCUUCGGAGAAGUGGCGAAGAAGAAGAACCCGCCGCCGGCGGCAGCAGCCCCGGGGUACCCGCCUAUGAGUGCCAAGGCCCCCGGUGUGUUUGGCGCGCCUGCCCCCGCUCCUGCCGCAGCUGCUGCCAAGAAGCCCGCCGCAGCCUCGGGGUACCCGCCCAUGAGCGCCAAGGCGCCCGGGGUGUUUGGCGCUCCUGCCGCAGCUGCUGCCAAGAAGCCCGCCGCAGCAGCCCCGGGGUACCCUCCUAUGAGCAGCAAGGCCCCCGGGGUGUUUGGCGCUCCUGCCCCCGCUCCUGCCGCCGCUGCUGCCAAGACGCCCGCCACUGCAGCCCCGGGGUACCCGCCCAUGAGCAGCAAGGCGCCGACCACUUUCGGGGCGACGCCGGCGGCGGCGGCCCCUGCCACGGCGAAGAGCAAGCCGCUCGCCGCAGCAACGCCGGCUGCCGGCUACCCGCCGAUGAGCUCCGCGGCUCCCUCGGUGUUCGGGGCGGCGAAGGCGGCGGCGAAGGCGGCGGCGAAGGCGCCGGCAAAGGCGCCGGCGUACCCGCCCAUGAGCGCCGCCGCGCCGUCGGUGUUCGGCGCUGAUGCCGCCAAGGAUCCCGCCAAAGGAAGCGGCGGUGCCGCCGCCAAGCCGCUAGCGUUCGGAGGGACCGCCGCUGCCGCUGCCACUCCUGCUGCGACGGGCGGCGGCUUCUCGUUUGGGUCACCGAAGGGGACGGUCGCGGGCGCGCCGCCGAGCUCGGGGUUUUCCCUCGGGUCCCCGCAGGCGAAGGCUAAGCAGCCGGCGCUCUCGUUUGCGGCGCCAACGGCGUUAUCAACCGGCGCCCCGGCCCCGGCGGCGACCUCUUCAGGGUUUUCUUUCGGGGGGGGGGCGCCGCCGCCGAAGGCCUCCGGGGCGUUUUCUUUUGGGUCGCCGAAGGGAGCGAGCUCGAAGGCGGGGACGGGCUCGACGGGGUUCUCGUUUGGCUCCCCCAAGGCGAAGUCUAAAGCGCCGCCGGCAGCCCCUGCUGUCGCCGCGGACGCCAAGAAGACGUCGUCGUCGUCUGCGUAUCCGCCCAUGAGCAGCACCGCUCCCUCCGUGUUUGGAGCAACAGCUAAGCCGCCGGCCAAACCGGUGGCGCCGGCGAAGCCGUCGGCAGCAACCACCUCUGGAAGUGGUGGUGGUGGUGGUGGUGGUGGUGGUGGUGGAGCAUAUCCGCCCAUGAGCGUCGCGGCCCCGUCGGUGUUCGGAGCGCCGGCGGCCGCCGCAAAGCCGGCGGGGGCGACGCCGGCCGUGGCUCCGGCGAAGUCGGCGACACCGGCGCAGGUCGCGUUCAAGAAGGGCACUGCCGCUGCUUCCUCUCCAUACCCACCAAUGAGCAAGACUGCACCGGCGGUUUUCGGAUCUUCUGCUGCUCCUGCUGCUUCUGCAGCAGCAGCACCGAAGAAACCCGCCGGCGGGGGCGGAGCCGGCGGCGCCUACCCGCCGAUGAGCGCGAAGGCUCCGGCGGUGCUCGGGUCCGCGAAACCGCAGCCCACCGCCGCUGGUACGAAAGCUGUUGCUGCGCCGUCUGGCUCGAAGCCGUCUGCUCCCCCUCCUCCCUCGUCGUCGGCGUCGGCGUACCCGCCCAUGAGCAUGAAAGCGCCCGCCGUUUUCGGCGGCAGCACCACCGCCGCCGCCGCGCCAGCGCCAACCAAACCAACAACCACGGCGAAGCCAGCCUCGUCGGGCGGGUAUCCCCCCGUGAGCACGACGGCGCCUUCGGUGUUCCGAGCGCCUGUAGCAGCGGCAACGGCGGCGGCAACGGCGACAUCUUCGACCCCCCAGGGCGCGGCGGGUGGUGCAGGAGCGCCUCACGCGUCGUCGUCGGGCGGCCUCUUCGGCGGUGCGUCUUUGGCAGCAGCGGCGUCCGUUCCCCUGCCGACCGAAAAGAAGGCGGCAGCGACGGUGGACGUCCGUUCCGCUGCUUCGGUGUUGCCAGCGGCAGCGGCGGCGUUGGCGCGGAUCGGAGGGGGCCGCAGAGGGAGGGGCAAGAACGAAGCGAAGGAAUGGGAGCAGGACUUCGGGGGCGGGGACGACGACGACGAAGACGAAGGCGAGGAGUUCGGGGUGCCCGAGAUCCCAGGGAUGAGGUCGCCGCGCCGGCCGCAGUCGGUGGGAGGACGGGAAGGCGGCGGUGUCGCCGCGCCAGCGGUGCGAAGAGCGGUUCCGUCUACAGCGGCGGAAGGCAUCGCGUGGAAGAACGUUCUCGAGGUUCUCGAGCACCUUAGGGACCUGCAGGGGCAGGGCGAGGCGGGGCUGCUGCGAGACCCGGCGUGGAAGGACGGCAUGGAGAGGGGCAUCUGCGGGCUGCGGGACACCGUCGGCAGGCUUCGAGAGGCGGUGAGCAAGCUGAGUCAAAACACCGCCGCCCAGGUGGAGGAGAUGGCCACGCUAAAGGCCAACAACAAGGACAUCAAGUGGCAGACCACGACGGCCCAAGACCUGCUGAAGUACGAGGCCGGCGAAGGGGAACGGCGGGAGGAAGGGGAGGAUGAUGGAGGUGGCCUGGACAACGGCAGAGACACUCUGGAUGCGGACUUGGUCGAAAUUCGAAAGCGGAUCAGGGAAAACAGGAGCAAGAUCGAAGCAGCCAAGUCCGACCUCAACGCGACGCUCAAGAGCCGUCGGGAGCGCGGACCCGACGUCGCCAUCAACCCCGCUGCAAACGGCCGCGGCGCCAACAGCCAAUCAGCGACGAGGACGCCCCAGGGGCCUCCGUCCCGGCACGCCGCCGUAACUCCGGCGUCAUCGCGGCGGGAAGCGGCAUCCCCGCUGCCAGGGUCGGCGAGGUCAAGGGCCGGCGGUGGCGGGCAUGUUCGCGGGGGAGCGAUUCACGGCGUUUUGCCCCGGACACGGCGUGGCGCUAGGGGCGGCGGCGGCGGUGACGCUACCGAAGCAGCGCCGGUGCCGGGAACCGCCGGCUCCUCUUCCUCGUUCGCUACCCCGGAGCGUGGCGUAGCCCCGCCAAGCGCCGCCUCCCAACGGAGACGCUCCCUCGGCGUCGGCGGCGGCACGCCGUCCGCGUCGGUGCCGUCCCCUUCUCCCGGCUCCACGGUGAGCAGUCGGGCAUCCCGCCGGCGCGUGAGCGUCGCCGGCGGUAGUAGCGGCGGGGGUGGGGUGGUGCCCGGCGGCGGCGACGGCGGGGAGUUGGUGGUGGCGGCGGCGGCUGAACGGCCGGGGCUUAGGCUCAUGCGGAUCGUUGGGUCGCAGUACGACGCCACGGAUGGCGUGGAGGCCAUGGUGGCUAAGGCGGAAGCCAAGGUCAAGCAACUCGAGCGCGCGGCGGCGACAGUGGCGGCGACAACGGCGUCGGCAACGGUGGCAUCCAAGUCUGGCCGUGCCGGGCGGACCACGUUGUUAUCAUCAUCAUCAUCGGCGUCGCCAGGAGAAGGAGGAGAAGGGGCGCUAGGCUCGUCGUCGACCUUGGCGAUGAUCGCCAUCGGCGGCAAGGAGCGGGAAGACGCCCUGGCCCGGGGACGGCGGCUCCGGCGAGAGCGGGAAGGGUUGGCGCUCCUGGCGAAGGAGACGGCGAGGCUCUCGUUCUCCUUCCCCAUUCGUGAGGUCGGCAGGACGGUGACCCAGGAUGAGCUUGCCAAGAAGUUGGGCAACAAGCCGAGCACCAUCGCCACGCCACAGCAGCAGCAGCAGACGCCUUCGCGCCUGGUCACGUCCGGGCGAGGGCCGGGGUCAGUCCACCAGCCGUCGUCAGCGUCCUCCAGGAGGGGUCUGGUAUCCGCGUCGCCGUCCAUGGGUGCGGCGGGAGCGGUGGCGGCGGCCAAGAUCAGCGGCGCCGGCAACGCCACCGCCGCCGCCGCCGCCACGCCCUCACGUGGCUUCGGCAGUGUGUUUUCGUCGCCGAAGCCGACGCCCACGGCCGCCGCUGCCGCAGCAACGGUUCCGUCCGGCGCCACCACCACCACCGCCGGCGGGGGACAAAUGACGAGGACGACGUCGGUCCUGGAUGCCGGGUCGGGCCAAGGAGGGGGUGUCCGUCGAGAGAGAUCGGGGGGGUUCGCCACCGGCACCAGCGGCGGCGAAACCCAGCGGACUUCCCCCGCGACGUUCGCCUUCGGCUCGGCCGCGGCCGCGGCCGCUCCGGCGGCGGUGGCGGCGGCGGCAGCGGCAUCUUCGAAGCCGGCGACGGUGGCGACGCCUUCGGCGCUGCUGUUCGACUCAGCCGCCGGCGCCGCGGCGAAGAAGACGGCCCCUGCUGCUCAGGAUAAAAAACCUGCGCCCCCGCCAGCCCCCGCCGCCGCCGCCAGCGCCACGAAGAGCAGCAGCAGUAGCUACCCGCCGAUGGCCGCGACGGCGCCGAGCGUCUUCGGGGGCGCCAAGAAAACACCGACUCCUGCUGCUGCUCCUGCGGCUCCCGCGACGGCCCCCGUCCCUGCCGCUGUUGCUCCUGCUGCUGCUGCGAAGCCAGCAAAACCUGCGGGAGGAACCUCAAGAUUCCAACCCAUGAAGAAAAAGGCCCAGACAGUUUUGAGUUGGUAG